GAUGGACUGCGAACUCGGCGAGACGCCGCCGCCAACAAGCAUGUCUUCUGUGCACAUGUUGAGGAGCCUGGUUUCCAUGCCAUCCCUAGCGCGGAUGACGCGGAACUGUGGCGAGCGACCUAGCUCGGCCUCGAGUUCGGCGCGGAGGUUGGUGAGAACGGCGCACGCCUCGCGCGAGAGGUCCGAGUCGCGACUGGCGAGCCAGGACAUUGGCUGGAUGCUGGCGAGCGUGCCAACGCCAAAGAGGUCGACCAAAACGUGGCGGUAUGCCGACGCCCCAACCCAGAGCCAGAGGAGGGUAUCCGAGACGAAGGCGUAAACACCGCGCUUAGAGA